CCAAAGCAGUUCAAACUUCAUCAUCGCUGUCUCUCUUGUCAGAUAUCGUUCCUCCAACCAUUACCCUUGCGAAUGCUCGACAGCGCCGUAUAGACCGGGAAACGGACCCAACACCACAAGACCCCCUGCAAAAAAUGUUGAAUCAUGUCAACGAACAGAUCCGGCGUGCGGGAAAGUCCUUUGCGGGCCACACCAAUGCAAGUGGCAGCUCGCAAGCGGGGAAUGGAGGCGGGAAUGGUGGGCACGGUAAAGGUCCUGCCUUGAGUAGAAAUCCAGCAAGUCUACCAUCUCCCUUUACGACUCUUCUACAUCACCCUGGUGCCGUUGGAGGACCCACUCCUCUUCCUCCACGUACAAUCUCACCUCGAGAAGCACGCGCUUUAUCCGGUGCCAACAAUAGCAAAAAGUCGGGAGCCAAUGCAGGUGCGAAUGCGAAUACGCGGCCGCUCGCGCCAAUGCCUCUAGGCUCAAAGCUGCCUCCUAUGGGCGCGAUCCCUGUGGGUAUGCCGAUGGGUCCUGGAGGUGCGAUUCCGGUGCAUAUGGGUCCAAUGGGCAACAUUUUGCCUGGUCCACCGCCUGGAUUCGACUAUCGAAAUAUGCCAAUGGCGUUUGCGCCUGCACCGUUGCCGCCUGGGACCACUGUGGACCCGGAGCUGUAUAGGAAUGGGAUCCGGUGGGCUCCUGUUCAAGCUGGUGCUGCAGCGAAUGGUGGGGCUUCUUCUACUGGUCAAUCGAAGAAGUCGAAGCCGGUACCGGCAAAGAAGGAGCA